UCCAGAGCAAAGUUUUUAUUUUUAUUUUGUUUUUUGCAAGAUUGGCAAUCCGGGUACUGUUUUUUUGAGACUCUAUAAUCUAGGGCUUCAGUUUGAAAUUAACUUCUGUAUAAUUCAAAUGAGUGAAAUUUGACCGUUACAUGUUGCUUUAAAAACCCUAAUACUGUAGAUCCAUCAAGAACUUGUUUUAUUUGAUUGUAGUGUUUUUGACUGAUUUUUGGACUGUUUGCAAAAAGGGUUUUGUUGUGUUUUAUUUUUGUGAUGUUCAAUGUGGGGUGGUUGUGAUUCAUGAAUUGUUUAGAACAUGGAAUGGUGAAGUAAAGCUGCGACCUUUUUUAUUUUACAUUUUGUGGGCGUGUUACUUGUUGGCUGUUUUUGUUCGAAAAUGAAUUUACUUAGUUGUUUUACUUUAUAAUUUGAGGCUAGCUUUAGUUUAUUGCUGUAAAUUCUUCUGAUUUUUUGCUAAGUUGGAGUUUGUACUGUUGAAAUUAGUUGAUAAGGUAUCUGAAGAAGGUAGGAAUUCUGAUUCUGAUUCUAUCUUGCUAUGGAUUUAGAUCCAUUAGAUUUUUUAGGGAAUGUUGCACAUUGCUAUUGUUUGUGUUUUAGUGAUAAUCAAAGUGUUGAAAAGGUUGAAUUUAGCAUUAGUCUAGAGUGUUAAAAGAAAAAUCUAUACAGAAUUGGAAUGUAUUGACACGUUCUGUUCUCAGAAUUGUGAUAAUGGUAGCUCCGCGAAGGUGGGGAUGUGUAGUUUAAGAAUAAUGAACAAGAGAUUCUGAUUACCUUUGGAACUACUUGGUGUUGGAUUUCAAAUGUUAUGGUGCUGUUAGCGCCAUUUUACGAGAGUUCGACACGUUAAGGGGAGAUCAUGAUUUUAGGGAAACAAGUGUGCUACUUUUAUAGGUAUUGAAAAUUAUAUUUAUACACAUACUAAGUUUGAUCAUUUUCAGCAUAUUUCUUUUCCUUGGGUUGAUAAUGGUAGCUCCAUGAAGGUGGGGUUGUGUAUUUAAGAAUAAUGAACAAGAGAUUCUGAUUACCUUUGGAACUACUCGGUGUUGGGUUUCAAAUGUUAUGGUGCUGUUCGCGCCAUUUUACAAGAGUUUGAAACGUUAAGGGGAGAUCAUGAUUUUAGGGAAACCAUUUUGCUACUUUUAUAGUAUUGAGAAUUAUAUUUAUACACAUACUAAGUUUGAUCAUUUUCAGCAUAUUUCUUUUCCUUGUGUUGAUGGUACCUUUUGAAGCUAAUUUUUAUUUCGUUUGCCCCUCCUCUAAAUGUGAGAUUUCAAAUUCAAUACUCGGAAAGCUAAAGAAAAGCUUUGUACUCCAGGUCAAAAAAUUGAUGGUGCCAUUUGUCUAGAAAAAUGAACCUGGAGCUGUGGAAUUUGUGACUCGAGGUUGAAAUCUUAGAAACAUUCAUAUAACUACAAGACACAGGGCUUGAUUCCUGGACAUACAAAUUUUAUGGAGUGCAACAAAGAUGAAGCAGUCAGGGCUAAGGAAAUUGCUGAGAAGAAGUUUAUGGGGAGGGAUUAUGUUGGGGCGAAGAAAUUUGCUUUAAAGGCUCAAAGCUUGUAUCCCGAGCUAGAGGGUUUAUCCCAAAUGUUGAUAGCAUUUGAUGUGUAUAUUUCUGCAGAGAACAGAAUAAGUAGUGGAGAAGUUGAUUGGUACAGCGUGCUUGGUGUGAACCCCUGGGCUGAUGAUGAGACAGUCAGGAAACAAUACCACAAGCUAGCUCUCAUACUUCAUCCUGAUAAAAACCAGUCUCUGGGUGCAGAUGGUGCAUUUAAGUUGGUUUCAGAGGCCUGGGGUUUGUUAUCUAAUAAGGAAAAGAGACUAGCAUACAAUCAGAAACUGAAUCCAUCAGGACAGCAGCAGAGAGUACCAACCCGGACUAAGGUUCCCUCUUCCCAGCAUAGUGCAAAUGGCUUUCAUAAUCAUAACAGUACCACAACUUCGCACACAAGGACUCAGAACAAGAAUUUGCAGUCGAGGCCCACAUCAGCCCCUUCUCCUUCAUCUCGAAAACCUGAUACAUUUUGGACUAUCUGCCAUCGAUGCAUGAUGCAUUAUGAGUAUCUGAGGGUUUAUUUGAAUCACAACCUGCGAUGCCCCAACUGUCAUCAGCCUUUUUUGGCUGUUGAGAAGGAUCCACCUUCAAACGUUACGAAGUCAUCCCAGAAUUCAAGACAUCAUGCUGCAAAUAGUAAUCCAUUUAAUUUCCCAAAAAAUGGCGGUCAAAGCUCACGAUCUGAGGGAUUUGGAGUAUGCAAUUCAACUACUGCCCCAAACCUCCAAAGGAGUAAUUUUACUAGAAUGAAUGAUUCUGGAGGCAAAUUUGCAUCAACACCAACUGCUGGUCAUGCUGAGAGUGUGGUUCAGAAGGCACAUGACCAAGUGAAGAGGGAGCAGGACGCACAGGGAGCCACUGAACGGGAGAAGCGUUAUGUUUCUAAAAGGGUGGAUAAUUCUUCUCUUAGAGCAGACCAACUCUUUAAAAGGAGGAGAUCUGAUGAGGCUAGUGUGAACAAUUAUGGAGCUGACAUUUUGAAUCAAGCAGCCACCGGAAAUGGAGGAGCGGGAUUGGGAAAUUCAUCUGAACCAAGAAGGGGCUAUUUUGAAGCACAAAGGGUUUAUGGUUUCUCAGAUAUUCGUACCAAGUCCAUUACCGAGAGAGAGUUGUCACUUCUCGAGGUUCGAAAAAUGUUGAUGAAGAAGGGUCUCUUGGAUGUGUGCGGAAAACUUAAAGAAUGGAGCUCAAAUCAAGUGAAACUGAAAGAGAGUAGAACACAGGAAAGCAUGGUGAACAAUGAUGCAAAUAAACAUAAGAGGAGUGGUCACUCUGCUGGCACUUCUUCCAAUGAAUCUACUAAACAGGCAACAGCACCUUUGUCUAUCAAUGUUCCGGAUUCUGAUUUUCAUAACUUUGACCUGGAUCGAACAGAAAGUUCCUUUGGGGAUGACCAGGUGUGGGCUGCCUAUGAUGAAAAUGAUGGGAUGCCUCGAUAUUAUGCUCGAAUUAUCUCAGUGAUCUCUUUGAAGCCAUUUAAAAUGAAGAUCAGUUGGCUUAACUCAAGAAGCAACAGUGAAUUUGGCCCUUUAGACUGGGUGGGGGCUGGUUUCCUAAAAACCUGUGGCGAUUUUUGGACUGGCAAACAUGAAAUCAGUAAAACUCUAAAUGCUUUCUCACACAGGGUUAUGUGGACGAAAGGCACACGUGGAGUUGUUCGCAUACUUCCAAGAAAGGAAGAUGUCUGGGCUCUAUAUAGAAACUGGUCUCCAGACUGGAAUGAUGAUACCCCAGAUGAAAUGGUACAAGAAUAUGAGAUGGUAGAAGUGCUCGACGACUAUGAUGAAGAGCAGGGUAUAUCUGUAGUUCCUCUUAUUAAAGUUGCUGGUUUCAAGGCAGUUUUUCGUAGACAUGUAGGUCCAAAUGAAGUUAGGAGGAUUCCAAAAGAAGAGAUGUUCCGCUUCUCUCAUCAGGUCCCUAAUCACGUGCUUACUGGCGAAGAAGCUCAUAAUGCCCCAGAGGGUUGUCGGGAAUUAGACCCAGCUGCUAUCCCGAUGGAAUUUCUUCAGGUUAUUACAGAAGCCAGUGAGGCAGCAGUGGUGGCAACUGGUAGAAAGGCUAAGGAGGAAAUGGCGUAGGAUUCUUCACAAAUUCACACAGAUCUCAUGGUGGAGGAUGCUUCAAAAUCUAAGAGAAGUGAGAUGAUGGAAACUGAAGAACCUUUCUGAGAUGAUACAUGAGGUUGGGUUCUUAGGCAGCCAAAGCAGCUAAUACUGUAGUUUAUCCUGCAACAGUUAAUAAGUUGCUAGUGGAAAAGCCAACAUACACAAUAUAGGUAAGUUUUUCCUUUGUUUUAUAAGGCUGAUCAAAACUGCAGAUGCUUCUUUUUGCCAUAACUGGAGAUGUUCUGUUACUGGAUCAGAAAAUGAUCCCGAGUUUUUUUUUGGUUUUACUGUUAUGGCUGUAUAAUCUUCGGAUGUUUGAACUAUAAAGAAGCUCAUGCUUGACCAGAGUCAAGUUUUAGCAGCA